UCUAUCGUGCCGAGGGUGAAACUGAGAAGGCAUUUUUUCACUCCACUUUUCCGGUCUCUCGGUCUCCGCCAUAUCAGUUUCUUCAUCUGCAAAUGAAAGCAUAAACGAUCUCCUAGAACACCUAGUAUUUUUCUUUGUCUCUCUAAAUAUCGAUAUCCAGCAAUGGGCUCUGAAGGAUCCAGUGUUGUUGUUCCUAGGAAUUUCAGAUUACUGGAGGAGCUUGAAAGAGGAGAAAAGGGAAUUGGGGAUGGAACAGUCAGCUAUGGCAUGGAUGAUGCUGAUGAUAUUUUGAUGCAGUCAUGGACAGGAACAAUUAUUGGUCCUCCUAACACUGUUCACGAGGGGCGAAUUUACCAGUUGAAAUUGUUCUGUGGCAAGGAUUAUCCUGACAAUCGACCUAGUGUAAGGUUCCAAACACGGAUAAACAUGAGAUGCAUUAACCAGGACAGUGGAGUGGUUGAACCAAGGCUUUUCCCCAUGCUUGCUAAUUGGCAAAGGGAGUGUACGAUGGAAGACAUAUUGACUCAGUUGAAGAAAGAAAUGAUGUCUCCACAAAACCGUAAGCUAGCUCAGCCUCCUGAAGGGAAUGAAGAUGCAAGAAUUGAACAAAAGGGGCUAGUGCUCAAGUGUUGUAUACUAUAAGGUGCAUGUGAGAUGAAUAUGUGAGGAGUUGAAAGAAGGAAUGACUGUGUAUAUAGUAAUACUAUACUAAGAGAUUCCAAUUAUGAUCCUAGUCCCAUAAAAAAUGUGGGUAAAUGAAUGGAUAAUUGAAUGAAUUGACAACUGUUUUCUAUCUUUUGAUAUGAUUUGUGUUCUUAAUGCCCUAUCUGCAUCA